AUGGUUGUGUAUAGGAAUUCAACAAAAUUUGAGUUGACUGAUAUGGACAUGCUUCAUCCGAUCCAAGUCGCUGCUGAAGGAAGUCCUCUAACCGGCCAGCGCAUCGUGGGGGGCCAAGAGGCAGAGCCGCACAAGUACGGAUACCAGGCUUUAGUUACCGACGAUGAAUCCUUCAUCUGUGGGGGCGCUGUCGUCGGUGAUAGGUUCAUCCUGACAGCUGCCCAUUGCAUAAAAAAUGUUGGAUCUUCGCUUCAUUUGGGCUCGGAAGAUUACACUUGGCACGCGCAGGUCUUAGUUCGCUCUGGUUGCCACGGGUGCCAACGUUACCGGAGGGAUUCAGGGGGCGGGAUGCUCCUUUGGCCGCCUGCCAGGACGCCUAACCUUCCCGGCCGAACCCCCAAGGAUGGUGGUUUACGAGGAGCAUUAACUGGAGCACCGGCGACGCUGUUGGCGCGAGGGCAGUGCUGGAACUCG